UGGGUUUUUAGCCGGCGGCGGGCAAGGGAAAAUAUAAGAAAUUCCCAUCUUUUGCGCUUGCGCUUAUCGAAAAGCUCACCUCUCGUCCAGGCGGUCGUGCGUUUCGCUGUUCUGUUCAGUGAACCGGUGAAAGCGCCGCGACGCCAAGCGCCGCUGUCGGAAUCGCGAAAGUCCUUUUUUUUCAACAAAAAAAAAAAAAAAACAAACAAAAAUACCCCCCCGACCCCCAAAAAAAUUACAUAAUGAAACAAAUAAAAAAUCACCAAUACUCCCUCCCAUUACUGCGCAAAGAAAGACACUAAACUAAUUAUAUAAAUUUCUAAAAAAAGUACAAAAAAAAUGAAGAAGGAACAAAAAAGUAUAUGAAAAAAUUUUCGCGAUUUUUCACAAAUUAUAAUUCGCAGGGAAAGUUUGUAUUUUCACAUCUGGAUGGCGAUAUAAGCGUUUAGUAUUUAUUAACGACUGAUGUCGCUGCUAGACAGCAGUGCUUGGAGGUUAAGUUACAAUAAACACGAACUUGGUGACUGUGCACUCGAACAGAACAGAUGAAAGGGUACCGAGAGCACACGUGAUCAACCACGUGUGUAUAAUUUCCCCAAAGUCACUAUCAAUAAUAAUUAUCGCGACUUAUCCUUCGAAAAAAAACCCUUUCUUCAAAUUUUACCCCUCCCUUUUUUCCCCCAAAAAAACGUAAUUUUACCCAUCCGACAAUCUUUUCUUCGACAGUACCUAUACAAUUAUUGUUUGACAACAAAAUAACAGGGAUUUUUUUCUCAAUCUUCAUUUUUUGGGUUUUAAAUUAAAAUUGAGAGAAAAAUUAUUGUGCAAAAGAAGAGAUGGGGAAGUUAUUUUAAGUGAGGACAUCAGGAGGAAUGGAGAAAAAAAAUCGCAUGUUCGACAUGCAUUUAGUUUCAGGAACCUUGGGCUUUAGAGGAACUUAGAGAGUGAGAGGGACACGGAACCGCAAGAUUUCCAUAAACGGUCUUUCAACAUGAACACAAUACAUUAUCAAUUCAACACAUCUACAUAAUAUAGGGAUUGCAUAACGAGGGGUGGGUGAUUGUGAAAUGAUAAAAUGUUGAAGAAGACUACUUAGGCAUGCAUGUGCAUAGAGAGCAAGAGAACACGUACAUUAUAUGUAUAUGUAUACUGCAUAUUAGGGAAUAAAAGCAGGAAUAAAAGUAAAACGAACUUGAACACACGCUUGUUCUUCACUUCAAUUUGCAGUUAAUAUACGCAACGAGAGAAAUUCCGGUGACUAGAGGGGAUUUAAAGAAAAAAUUCAUACGCGAAAAGGUGAAAAAUAAUUCACAAUGAAUCGUUCAACGACAGUGUCGUCAAUUUUUGACGUGACAAGCAGCUUACAAGAAAUGAUCAAAGUGAAUUCAGGAAUGUCAUUGGACAAGGCGAGUCUCUUCAACAACGAUCCUGAUGUAUCACCUGUGACCUUAUCAGAAGACUGGUCCCGUGUAGCUCGUCUCUUACUUCUCGCAUCUUUAGCCGUUGUUGGAAGUGUUGGAAAUGUUUUUAUGAUUUCCGCAGUGAUGGUCGAGGACCAUUUGAGAAAAAUAGGAAAUGCAUUUCUGGUGAAUGUCGCCUUAGCGGAUCUGAUGGUGACAGGUCUGGUUUUACCAGCGUCUGCAAUUGUCAUUUUGGCAGGACAUAAAGAAUCUUUGGGCAUUUGUCGCUUCGAAUUCACCUUGGAAGCGUUAUGCUUUUUAGUAACAGUAUUGACACUGGCAGCAAUUGCUGUCGAAAAUUACAUGCGUCUGUGCCUUCCAGUCGAAAGGUACGCGAUACUGACACCGGGACGUGUAACAAGUUCAAUCCUCCUCGUCUGGGCAGUGGCAGCAACGGCAAUAGGUCUUCAAUCAUCAUUUGAUCUUGGACCGGACUUCUGCAAUAGACGCUUUAAUGGCAUUGCAAUGGAGCAGGCUGUCGGUGCCAGUAUUCUGGUGGGCCUUCCAGUUCUCCUAACAAUUCUAGUCUAUCUAAUGCUAGUGACACGAGUUCGUCGAGCGACACGUGGCUCAUAUAAACCACCGGUCGCCUUCUCAUGGGACUAUGAACUCACUAAAACAAAUAUCUACAGUUUUUUUCUCUUCGCAAUAUUCUGGAUGCCAUUGGGCGUUGCACUUUGGGUUAGUUCCGUCCGUCCUGUUAAAGCUCGUGUCUUCAUUAAUCUCGCAUGGUUUGCCCUAUCAAAAUCGUGCGUUAAUAAUUUACUUUAUUGCGUCGUCGAUCGUCACUUUCGUAAUGCUUACGUGAAACUUUUUCACUAUUGCUGCUUUAAAACGACAGUGAGCUUCUCGCGAAGAACACGAGGCGAAGUAUCACGUUCUGGCGAUGUUAAAUUACGAGUACACAUUAUUCAUUCCUAUGCAACCAGUCCAGCGUCCUACUGCCGUCCCACUAUUGCCAAUAGACCCAAUGGACGUGACGUCUAUGAGCUUUAAAUAUUUAUUUCUCUAUCAAAUUUCUACGAAUUCUCGAGAUUUUAUAUCAUUUCUGGGUUUUUUUUUCUUUUUGCUAAAAUUGUACUAUGGAAAAAUUCUAAUAUAAGAAAUUAAAUUUUUAAGAGUUUAAGAAUUUUUAAACAUCAGUAUAUUCUCAAAAAGAAUAAACUAUUAAAUAAACUAUAUAGUUUGAGAAUUAAAAUGGCCAGAAAUGAUCCAAUAUUUUUUGACUUCUUUUAAAAUCCAAAAACAAUGAAAUUUCUUUUUCUUCUUUCCUCGUAUCUUUUCAUCAAACCUCAUUUCUUUUUUAACUGCGGUAAUACCAAGGCAAGAAAAAGUUACUCAACUAUAGGUACAAAUUUAUGACCCGAACCAAAAGACUUAAAUCAGAAAUGUUUAGUACCCUAACACAGCAAUAUUUCACGAAUUUACGAUGAAAAAUGAAAUAGAAUGAGAUUUCAUCUAUAUUGCAAAGCAUAAAACAUGGUUUUGGUUUGGAUGCUUUAUCUCUGACUUAAGUAAUAUUUAUCAUUGACUCUUUUUUCUUUUCGAUAAUUUACAUCCCGAUCGAUAUCUAUACACUGAAAAAAUAAAAUUUAUUUGAUUCAAAUAACCGAUUAAUUGACUAUAGGUUUUUUUUUAAUUCGUUGAUGAUAAACGUUGCAAACU